CAGAAAUCCUCACAUCCAUUCACUUUGCGUGUACGGUACUUUGAUUUUGUCUCAACCGGUGCCGCUGGUACGGUAUUGCGAGCAAAAUGACGGCUGUUGAUGAGGAAAUUGAAUUUUUGGAUAUGGACAUUGACAUCAGUGACGAAAGUGAUUAUAAUGACAGCGAUGACGAUGAUGAUGGGGAAGUAGGAGAGCUUGAAGGAGAAGAAGAGGAAAGACUCGUUGAUGAACGAGAUCAAAUUCCGCAACCUUACCAGCACGAACCAGAGCCUGUGCAGCCGCCGGAACCGGGUGCGAUACCUCUCGGUGAUGGUGUGGGCUUUCGUGGAAACAGAGACAUUACUCGUCUCGACCCAAGGAAUACCGAUAACUGGUGUCAGUGCGGCCAUUGCGAGAUUUUACCGUCGUUCAAUGUUGGAGACUGUCUCUGCUGCAGAGAAAUUGCAGAGGUGGCAAAAGAGGGGGAAGGCGUGGAGUGCAUCACCCAAGCUCGGGAUUUUUAUCCAGCCAUACUCAACCCCGUAACAUUGUACAUUGCAUGGCAACAUUUCACGGAAAGGUGGCGAAGGCAGGCAAGAGCAUUUGGUGCUCGAAACAAUGAGAAAUAUCGAUAUGUUGCCUAUCGCCAAUUUGUUAGGUGGUGCUGGGGCAUCUUGGGCAAAGACAUCAGAGUACAGCUCCCUGCUUGCGUCCAGGCCAUCAUCAAGAAUACAUAUCCAGAUGGAAAUAACAUCUAUCGAGGUACUGUGCUGAGACGGCUGGAAAUUUGA